AUGCAGAGCGUUCAGAGGCAGUUUGGCCGCUUUAUGAAGCGAUCCGCCGAUGAAAGUCAGGUAGGGAUUCUGUUGAAGGACUACGACCAGACCGACAAGCUCCUGGGAAAGAUCAUUGAGUAUACUGGAGCCUGGCGCGAUGCGUGGUCCUCGAUUCUGUUACACCAAGAGCGAAUGCUCGUCGAGUUCGACAGCAUCUACCCCCCGAUCAUUGGAUCGUCCGAUUCUACUACUGCCACAAAAGCCACCCCGACCCCAGAAGCCACACUGGCGCGAACACAAAAACUGCGAGAGGAAUAUGAAGUGUUGCGCAAAGAGUUGGCGGAGGAGCUCAAUGCCGUGGACCAGCGCAUGAUCAGGCCCGCCUCGGAGGCCAAAGAGCAUUUGACGCCAUUGAAGAAGACAAUCAAGAAACGGGAGGAUCGCAAGCUGGACUACGAGCGCUACCAGAGUCGCGUCGACAGCUAUACCAAGAAGACAAAGCGUUCGGACCGGGACAACGCAGCGCUCGCCAAAGCCGAAGUCGAUCUUGCUAAAGCCACAGAGGACUACCAAGCAGCAGACGAGCAUCUCCGCCAAUGCCUCCCACCGCUCAUCGCCGCCGCAUUCUCCCUGCUCCCCUACCUCCUCGCCACGCAGAUCGAGAUCCAAAACACCAUGCUGGCAAACUAUUACACCGUCGUGCACACCUACUGCGAGCAGCACCACUUCCCCUCCCCCGCACCACCCAUGGACGACAUCAUCGCCCACUGGGAACGAGACAUCCAGCCCAUCCAACAGGAGGUCGAAAGCUUCGGCUGCCUCGCCAACGGCAAAACUGUCCGCAUGUCCUCGGCCCCGGACGCCGCCAACCAGGGCCUCUCCACCCGUCUCACAAACGGCCUCAACUUCCGCCGUCCCUCCAGCGGCCAGACGAGCCAGAGCCACCACGCACAAUCAGCCUCGUCCCCAUCCCCAUCUCCGUGCCGCGACAACCAUCCUCACACUACCCUCAACAAGCUCCCCCCAGCCCCGACCCCAACCUACGAAACAAAACCCCUCCCCGUCUACGAGACAAAGCCCCGCCUCGCCGACCUCUCCCCCUCCACCCUCUCCCCCAACCUGCCCAUCCCAAACACCCACCUCUCCCCCUCUUCCACCCCACACAGCGACACGGCUCAUCUCCCCGUCCGCGGCUCCGAAUACGUCCACACCCCGCUCUCGGCCCUCUCCCCAGCCUCGGCCUCGGCAUCAACCCGCUCAGACUACUUCAGUCUCGCCCCGACCCAACAGCGCCCCGGCCGCUCAUCCAGCCCCAAUGUCUCCCGCUCCACGUCGCCGAAUCCGUCGGCCGCGGCCGCAGCCGCGAAGAAGAAACCGCCCCCGCCCCCGCCGAAACCGCGCGCCGCGUCUUCGAACGGAACAUUCGUCACCGCGCUGUAUGAUUUCGGUGGCCAGAGUGCCGGGGACCUGGCCUUCCGCGAGGGUGAUCGCAUCCGCGUCCUCAAGAAGACGGAGAGUACGGAUGAUUGGUGGGAGGGGGAGUUGCGCGGGGUGAAGGGGAGCUUUCCGGCGAAUUAUGUGCGAUGA